AUGUCACAGAAUCGACCCGGGUUGUUCCCAACAUUGCGCAUGGGUGAGGUCAUCCGGGAGAAGGUCCAAGAUGGACUGACUGGCGAAUCCAAGGAGAUCUCCUACACUCAGUGCAAGAUUGUAGGCAAUGGCUCCUUCGGUGUCGUGUUUCAGACCAAGAUGGCUCCGAGCGGGGAAGAUGCUGCCAUCAAGAGAGUCCUCCAGGAUAAGCGGUUCAAGAACCGUGAGCUGCAGAUCAUGCGGAUUGUGCGCCAUCCUAACAUUGUCGAACUCAAAGCAUUUUACUACUCCAACGGCGACAGGAAAGAUGAAGUCUACCUCAACCUCGUCCUCGAGUAUGUCCCGGAGACGGUGUACCGCGCAUCGCGUUAUUUCAACAAACUCAAGACCACGAUGCCUAUGCUAGAGGUCAAACUUUACAUCUACCAACUGUUCCGGUCGCUGGCCUACAUCCACUCACAGGGUAUCUGCCACCGUGAUAUCAAACCUCAGAAUCUUCUUUUGGAUCCCGCUACAGGUAUCCUGAAGCUCUGCGAUUUCGGAUCCGCCAAGAUUCUGAUCGAAAAUGAGCCUAACGUUUCAUACAUCUGCUCUCGCUACUACCGGGCGCCCGAAUUAAUCUUUGGCGCGACCAACUACACAACAAAGAUCGAUGUUUGGUCGACUGGUUGUGUGAUGGCAGAAUUGAUGCUUGGACAACCCCUCUUCCCCGGUGAAUCGGGCAUUGACCAGCUGGUAGAAAUCAUCAAGGUUUUGGGUACUCCAACUCGGGAACAAAUCCGCACCAUGAACCCCAACUAUAUGGAGCAUAAGUUCCCUCAAAUCAAGCCUCAUCCCUUCAACAAGGUUUUCCGUAAGGCACCACCGGAGGCUAUUGACCUCAUCUCCGCCCUUCUGGAAUAUACGCCCACACAACGGUUGUCCGCGAUUGAAGCGAUGUGCCAUCCAUUCUUCGAUGAGCUCCGUGAUCCGAACACCCGGCUACCGGACUCACGUCACCACAACAACCCGUCCAAGGAUCUCCCCGCCCUUUUCGACUUCUCACGACAUGGUAAAAUUAUCUCACCCUUUCUAGAGACAAAGGCCCCCCCCGCUAAUCGACAUUUAGAACUUUCGAUUGCCCCCCAAUCUCAACGCCCAGAUGAUUCCCCCUCACGCUCGCCCAGCCCUCGAAGCUCGCGGCCUCGGCCUUGA